AUGUCAGAAGUUGCUCGAAGAGGUCAAGCUCUUCAGCUAAAUAUAACUGCUGCAGUUGGUUUGCAAGAUGUAUUAAAAUCCAACCUUGGUCCUAAAGGAACGAUUAAAAUGCUGGUUGAUGGCGCAGGCAACAUUAAGAUUACUAAAGACGGCAAAGUUCUAUUGAGCGAAAUGCAAAUUCAAAAUCCAACCGCGGCAAUGAUUGCUCGCGCUGCCACGGCACAAGAUGAAAUCACUGGUGACGGUACAACAUCAAUUGUUUUGUUGGUUGGUGAAUUAAUGAAACAAGCCGAAAGAUAUAUUUCUGAAGGGUUACAUCCAAGAAUUAUUACCGAGGGAUUCGAUUUAGCAAGAAAAGAAGCAUUAGAGUUUCUGGAUAAAUUUAAAAUUGAAAAACAGAUUGAUCGGGAAAUACUUGUUAACGUUGCUCGUACCUCUUUAAACACCAAAGUUCAUGCAGCACUUGCAGAAACACUUACUGAUGCUGUCGUUGAUGCAGUAAUGACAAUUAAACCGGAUGGUCAACCAAUUGAUUUACAUAUGGUUGAAAUUAUGAAAAUGCAGCACAAGACCGCUACAGAGUCUCGAUUAGUUCGUGGUUUGGUGUUAGACCAUGGUGCUCGUCAUCCUGACAUGCCUAAACGCGUAGAGGAUGCUUACAUUUUAACUUUGAAUCAACGAGAAAAACUUGUAGAAUCAGAGCGCAAAUUUACGGAUGAAAAAGUGAAAAAAAUUGUUGAAUUUAAAAAACAAGUAUGUGGGGAUACCAAUAAAGGAUUUGUUGUCAUUAAUCAAAAGGGAAUUGAUCCCUUGUCAUUGGAUCUUCUCUGUAAAAAUGGAAUUCUUGCAUUGAGACGUGCCAAGAGAAGAAAUAUGGAAAGAUUACAACUUAUUUGUGGAGGAGUCGCACAAAAUUCCGUGGACGAUUUGUCUCCAGAAGUUCUCGGAUACGCAGGACUUAUUUAUGAGCACACUCUUGGAGAAGAAAAAUAUACCUUUGUUGAAGAGGUUAAAAAUCCAAAAUCUGUUACGAUAUUGGUUAAAGGACCUAAUUCUCACACAAUUGCGCAGAUUAAUGAUGCCAUCCGUGAUGGAUUACGAGCCGUAAAGAAUGCAAUUGAAGAUAAAUGUAUAGUACCAGGAGCAGGAGCAUUUCAAGUUGGGCUUUCAGCUCACUUGAAUAAAUUUAAAAGUUCAGUCAAGGGGAGGGCCAAGAUGGGAGUUCAAGCAUUUGCAGACGCAAUGUUGAUAAUUCCUAAAGUUUUAUCACAAAAUGGAGGAUUCGAUGCUCAGGAUACUAUUGUUGCUUUACAGGUUGUCCUUGUUUUCUCAGAUAUCAGCUUUUCUUAUAUAGGGUAA